GAUCCACUACGGCCAUUAGUUUUAGGUGGUGAUCACUCAAUAUCUUUUCCUGUUAUCAGAGCUGUCUGUGAGAAGCUCGGGGGUCCUGUAGAUAUUCUUCAUCUCGAUGCCCAUCCAGAUAUCUAUGAUGCCUUUGAAGGAAACAAGUAUUCACAUGCUUCUUCUUUUGCCCGAAUUAUGGAGGGUGGUUAUGCUAGGCGGCUUUUGCAGGUCGGCAUUAGAUCGAUAAAUGCUGAAGGGCGUGAGCAAGGCAAAAGAUUUGGAGUGGAACAAUUUGAAAUGCGAACCUUUUCAAGAGAUCGACAGUUUCUGGAAAACCUGAAACUAGGAGACGGUGUCAAGGGUGUAUACAUCUCUAUAGAUUUGGAUAGUCUUGAUCCUGCAUUUGCUCCUGGAGUGUCUCACAUUGAGCCAGGGGGUCUCUCUUUCCGUGAUGCUCUCAACAUCAUCCACAAUCUGCAAGGUAAUGUUGUUGCUGGGGAUGUGGUUGAAUUCAACCCACAGCGUGACACUGUUGAUGGUAUGACUGCAAUGGUAGCUGCCAAGUUGGUGAGAGAACUGUCUGCCAAGAUAUCAAAAUGAUAAUUCCUGCGACUUCCGAUCAAGAAUUUCAAAUAUUAUCAUUCCUUGAUGCACCUGCAAUUUCAGCGCCUCCAGCACUCCGCAGAUUAGAUCAUCCUUCGAUUUCAAAAGAAGGAUUUGAAGGGACUUAAAAACAUCACUACCUUAGUUUAGUUGCUGAGAAAACUUUUUAAGCUUGUCUAUUUUUCUGGGUUUACAUAACUUGCCUUGCAGGUGGGACAUUGUUGUACCUCACCUCCUGUAAAAAGGAGAAAUAAGCAAUAAGUUCAUUGUUGUU